GAUGUCUUCUCUUGAUAUGAUUCCAAGUCUAAAUACCUCCCCGACCUCGUACGAUCAAUCUGAUAAUGUCACGAUUUACCACGAGUCGACAUCGUUGGUGGCUGUCAUUGAGGGUCUCACCCUUUUCAUCGUUUUCCUCGGUGCCCUGAUCGCUAACCUUCUUGCAAUGACAGCGAUCAUUCGUGACAAGGUUCUACGGGGUAACCUCCAUAACUGGCUUAUCUUGAACCUGAUUAUAAAUGACCUAAGUUUUACAAUACUGUGUACGCCUUUCGCCAUCGUAUCGGUGUUCGACCACGGGUAUUUCCUGAUCCACCAUCGUGCUGCGUGCUUGAUCAAUGGAAGCAUUCUCUUUGGCAUCGGGAACUUCGCCACAGUCGUUGCCAUCUCUGUGGAUCGGUAUCUGAUAGUUGUCUGGCCUGGCCGCUUCCCUUUGUCCAAACCGAGAACUAUCGCUUUUAUCGUCAUCACCUGGGUGAUCGCCUCUGCAGCCGCCCUUCCGUCGUUGUUUGGAGUAGUUUCUGAAAUCAGAUAUAAAGAAAAUGCCCACACCUGUUUGCCAGAGUGGCAGAAUGACUGUUUUUAUUAUACCACACUCGUCACCAUCGUCUAUGGUGCCAUCGUGCCUAUGAUGAUAUUCUGCUAUGUUGGUGUUUUCUUGCACGUCUGGCGCCAGAAGCGGUUGCUCAGGUCCCAUGCUGUCCUUCAACCGGGCACUGCUAGUCAUGUGAUGACAGUUUUAGAAGUGGGCAAGCCGAACGAAGGGGCUACUUCCUUGAAUCUUACCACAACUACUUUGGGUCAUCCCACUCAAUCUCCAAACACCGAAGAAGCUGACCCUGAAUUUGCUGGAAGGGAAAACAAAGAACAUGAGACUGUUCAACAGGGGGUCGUGGCAUUACGGUCUAAGGAUAAAAACCACAGGUCCAUGGAGAAGAAACUAAACAUCGAGAAAAGAAUUGCCCUUACUGGAACCUUACUGGUGCUAACCACCGUCGUAUGUUGGACACCUUACGGCAUCGUAAACUCAUGUAGCCUGUCCUUGGAUGUCUCACAUUGGUUAGAUGUCCUCACGGCAUGGUUGGUUUGUUCCAACCUACUAUUCGACCCUUUGGUAUACUCUUUCCUGAACAGAAGAGUUCGAAACAGCUACCGUAACCUUCUUAGAAGUUGGUUGAAUCGAUGGCACUGAAGGAUAAGACGAGUAAUGUAGUGAGACAAACGGUGGUGAAAAAUCAUUGAAUGAAAAUCACCUCAUACUUUUGCUAGAUCGCUCCACUCUCUCGUGCCGUGGGAGUAAGACAUGAUGUGACAAAUAAUAUGGUAUAGCCCAGUGGCGAACCUAGGAUUUUCCAAGGGGGGG